AAUUAGUUUCUUCAAAACAACUCCCUAAAACUUCAUUUCCAUUUACACAAAGAAUCACAGGUCCUACUUUCUGUUUUCUUAUCUGAACUCUAAAAUCUAAACCAGGAUGACCCGGUGCAAAGUUACUGUUUUUGCAAAGGAACUCUCUGUUAGGAUCAAGAAAGAAGUCAGAGAAGGAAAAUUUCUCAUUGCAACAAGCAUGAUCAUAUUUCUGUCAAUGGCUUCUCUUGUUUUCUUUCUUGGAAUGUUCAUCAACAACCAUGCUAGGAACUUCUUCCUCUCUGAGGAUCCCUACUUCCCUCAACUCAGCACAUUUUCUUCAUCAUCCCCUACGCCUCCAUGUUCUUACAUUUUCUGCAACUGUUCUCUCUCUUCAUCUCAUUCAAAGUUGAGAGAUUGGAUUGCUCCUGAGAAUGUCUGGCAUUCAAUGAACGAUGAGGAGCUGUUAUGGCGGGCGUCAAUGGUGCCCCAAAUGGAAUUCCCAUUCAAUCUGACUCCAAAAGUUGCAUUCAUGUUCUUAAGCAGGGGAAGUCUGCCUUUAGCUCCUCUGUGGGAGAAGUUCUUCAGGGGACAUGAAGGGUUUUACUCAAUUUACAUCCAUUCUUCACCGGAGUUCACCCGUGAGCCACCGGCGUCCCCUGUUUUCUACAACCGCAGGAUCCCAAGCCAGCCUGCUCAAUGGGGAUGGCCAACAAUGAUCGAUGCUGAACGGCGGCUUUUAGCCAAUGCCCUGCUCGACUUCUCCAACGAAAGAUUCAUACUUCUCUCCGAAACAUGCAUUCCCCUGUUCAACUUCCCAACAAUCUACAAUUACCUCAUUAACUCCAGCCAAAGCUUCGUGGGUUCAUUUGACGAUCCCAGGGCCGUAGGCCGUGGCCGCUACAACAAGCGAAUGUGGCCUACGGUGUCCCUCUCUGAUUGGCGAAAAGGGUCUCAGUGGUUCGAGGUUCACCGGAAGCUAGCCGUCAAGAUAGUUUCCGACCAGAAAUACUACCCUAUAUUCAGAAAGCAUUGCAACCCCCCGUGUUACAUGGACGAGCACUACUUGGCUACCAUAUUGACGAAGCUUCAUCCAGAGAUGAAUUCGAACCGGAGCGUGACUUGGGUUGAUUGGUCCAGAGGAGGGCCGCACCCCUCAAGAUUUGUGAGGAAGGAUAUCUCGAUGGAGUUCUUAAAUCGGCUCCGCCAUGGAUUUAACUGUACUUACAACGGUGGCCGGAGCUCAAUGUGCUUUCUUUUUGCCCGGAAGUUUCAUCCGAGCACUCUGGAGUCAUUGCUUAGGAUUGCUCCUGAAUUGUUUGGAUUUGAUCAUCAGUAACAUUCCUACUCAAUGGCGAGGGAAAUAGAUUUUUCAUAGAAAGUUUAGAACUUGGGAUAGAUAAAAUUUCAGUUCAAAGCAUUGUCAACGCCCCCAGCUUUCAGAGUACAAGAGCAUGUACAAUAGUAAUAAUAAUAAAAAAAUUUAUUUUGA